ACAAGGGCCACCUUCCAGGGAGGGGAGCAGACUGUCUCAGCAGUGGCUAGAGAAGGACGUGCAGCCGCACCUGGCCUGCAGCACAGACAAAGGGAGAGCACAAAGUCACUGAGCCUAUUUUUCCAGUUCUCAUUUCCAUCCACCUUCUGAAGAUACACUUCCUUAAGGACAGAAUAUUAAUUUGUUCACUGCUGGCAUCUAAUAGGGUGCUCCAAGGAGCAGCCAUGUCUGUCCUGUACCCAUCGCUGGAGGACCUAAAGGUGGACCAAGCCAUCCAGGUCCAGGCCCGAGCCACACCGAGGAUGCCCACCCUGCCAGUCCAGACGGCAGCUGUCUACCCACAGGCAGUUUUGUACCCAAAUCUGGCAGAAUUGGAAAGUUAUAUGGGUCUUUCCCUCUCCAGCCAAGAAGUCCAGCAGAACCUGCCUCAGAUUCCAGAAGGUGACAGUUUUCCACAUGCUCAUUGUUGGUAUGUAGAGACAGCGGGCUCCGGCCCCUGGCCAGGCCAGGUGGUGGCCCCGGUGUCCGGGAACAACCUGGGCGUGCGGCGUGCUGAGAUCAAGCCCGGGGUGCGCGAGAUCCACCUGUGCAAGGACGAGCGCGGCAAGACCGGGCUGCGGCUGCGGGCCAUCGACCAGGGGCUCUUUGUGCAGUUGGUCCAGGCCAACACCCCCGCAUCCCUCGUGGGGCUGCGCUUUGGGGACCAGAUCCUGCAGAUUGAUGGGCGUGACUGUGCCGGGUGGAGCACAGACAAAGCCCAUCGGGCUGUGAAGAAGGCGUCAGCUGAGAAGAUCGUCAUGAUUGUUCGGGACAGGCCAUUCCAGCGGAUUGUCACCAUGCACAAGGACGGCGCGGGCCAUGUCGGCUUUAUCAUCAAGAAAGGGAAGGUUGUCUCUGUGGUCAAAGGCAGCUCUGCGGCCCGCAACGGGCUCCUCACCAAGCACUGCCUGUGUGAGGUGAAUGGGCAGAAUGUCAUCGGGCUGAAGGAUAAAGAGAUCAUGGAGAUUUUGGCCACAGCUGGGAACAUCAUCACCCUGACUAUCAUCCCCACUGUGAUCUAUGAGCACAUGGUCAAGAAGUUGUCUCCGACCCUGCUCCACCAUACCAUGGACCACUCCAUACCAGAUGUCUGAAGCCACAGGAGGGCAGCAUGGGCCCUCCCACAAGAGGGCAGCUGGCCUGCUGGUCUGAGGUCAAGGUGUCUUGAGGGCACAGGUUCCAGGUGGGUGGACAUUGGAUGGCAAGGUCUUUCAUUUAUACACAGGUCCCCUGGGAACCUCAGACCCCUAGCUGCGCUGAGGCUCAGGUAGGGCCCACGGGCAGUAGAUUCUUUGUGCUGGUUUAAGUGCUGGGCACACAGACAGGCGGGCUAAAUACUUCUCAAAGUUGCAACUGGGUCCCUUUCAAGACUUUGCCUGUAGCAGGAAAACAUUGCAUAUUUUAAGAGAACAGAAAGUUCUGAGAACUUUGUCUUCACUUGCUCUUUGUCACAGACUAUACAAAGUUAUGACCCUUUACUGUCUUUUGAAUAAAGAUUUGACUUUAAGCAAAACCCCUUCCUCAAAGGAAUCGAAAAUUCUGGAAUCCUUGGCCCUAUGACAUGAGAAGGCUGGAUUUCUUUUAAACAGUGGUGAGACCAAAGCCUUUUCUACACAUCAACUCUGAGGA